AAAGCUUCCGCGGCGACGGCAGCUUGCGACGUAUGAAGUCACGUCCCUAGCCUUUCGUAUAUAAAAUAACCAGCCUAGCAACUUAUUUCAAAGUUGUUGCAGCACCGCUAUGGGCGGCGGCGUGCUGUCAAAAUUACCAUUACUGUCAUUACUCUAAAAUAGCACUACUACCAUUACUCUAAAGUCAUAAAGCAUUGCAUUGCAGUUUCGAUUUUUCAACAAAGAGAGAGAGAGAGAGAGAGAGAGAAGCUUUUUAUUAGAAAGACUGAUAUUUUUGCCGGCGUGUAUAAAAUUCCACUGACAUGCUACUCUGCAUAAGGAAGGGGAAGGAAAUUAACGAUUCCAGAGGAGUGAACAAAAAGAUUACAGAAAUAUAUCUGUGCAUGAUAUAGUGGCGGCAUAUAGAUCUAUAUGCCAGUGCAUAGAGGGGCUGUGAUUGCUGUAGCGUUUAUUUUGGUUUUUUUGCGACCUCGAUCAUAAUAUUGGGAGAAUAAAGAUUACCACCCAUAAUUCGCAGGGUGCUCCUCGAAGCCGAAACUUUCAGAACAACAAAGUUCAAGGGCGGAGAAAGUACAUGGUUGACGUCACUUCGGAAAAUAUCCUGGCCAAUGGUCCCAAGCGCGCUAUUCCUGCAUAUCCGAACUUUUAUGGUUAUUCUUUCUCUUACUGCGAAGGAAGCACUGCUAAGGCAUAUAGUAUUAUUUGAUUGUGAUGAAAACGUGAUUGUAAAGCGAAUAUUAUUUUUUUUUCAGAACCCUUAAUGGACUUUCCUGCAUGUGGUUCGUGGGCGGUGAAGCUAAAUUUCUUGUCGAAUAGCUCAUACGUAAAAAAAUAGAUAAAAAUAAAUUACGUGCUCGAUGGUGGGAAAUAACCUCGGUACCGCAGGACAGCAGCCCGCGAUGCUCUAACCGUCAGGCCACAAUCGCACGUAUAUUUCUAUGCGUAUAUGCCUACUAUCCUUCGAGAUGAUCGCCGUGUCACGCGUCGCGCAGCACGUGUCCGCGAGAGCACAUGCGCUCGCUCCAAUUUCGUUUAUACGCUAAAGAAAUUAAAUGGCCAGAUCGAUAGCAUUUGAUUAACCACUUCUUAUAAAUUGGUAGAUAUGCAUCGUGUCUGCAUAAUUCCCCCCCUCUUUUUAUUCUUUCUAGGUUACAGCUGCGCUACGGUACCUUCAGCAACAUGGCAGAAGGUUUGGUAUUGUGGGCUUCGAAGACAGCCUGCCAACAAUUCAGUACAUGGAGAUGAUUUUUAAAUGGUUUACCAUACAUAACAUCAGGAGUACCACAUUUUACAUUAUAAGCCGGGACCCAAACAGGAUGCCGUUCAGCUCUCCAGAUGAUGACAGGUAUCAGUCUGUGUACCUGUGCACCUCUAAAGUCUUUCUAAAUGCUAUCUUUUUUCUUACAGUAUUAUGCUAUUUCAGGUUGCUGUGGCUGGAAAAAGAAUUUUUGCCUUUCUUCGCAUCGUGGAAGGCCGCCGCACCAGCACCCCACAAGAAGGCAUUCAUAUCUCAAGAAACACACGAAGCUUUGCAGGUCACCACAAUGUCCACCGUCCGGUGCACACAAUUCCUCAUCCGUUCCGGUUUCCUGUUUGUAUUGACUGCAAAAUUCUCCAGUGACCCUAUCGAAGCACUUUUUUCUACCAUUCGGCAACUUAACGGAUCCAAUGACAUGACAGACGCCCGUGCAGCACUUUCUUCCCUGCAGAAAGUCCUGGUUAUGGGAAUCAUUCAUUCUUCGCCAAGCGGCAACACAGAGAAGACAAGCGUUCCUCUUGGAUCCCGCCAUGCCCUUUCAGCCUCGUGGCCCACAGCUGGAAAGGACCCACAACAACAGUCAUCAGGAGAGGAUUCAUCAGCGCCCCCUGCUCCCACAAUGAGUCAAGCGAUGCGGCCGCAUUUGGCGGCGUUACAGAUUUACUGCGGCCCCCCACAGCCAGGCAUCAGGGCAAGUACGCUUGGCCUCAUUGCAGGUUUCCUUGUCAAAGCAGCUGAGGACGGCAUUAACUGCAACCUAUGCCUGGAGAAAAUCAAGGCUCCCCGCUCGUCUAGCCCCGCUACUGCCGUUAUCUUUAAUUUAGACCGAGGAGGGCUUUCAUACCCUACACUUGCAUUUCUUUCAUUUGUCUGUACUUUGGAAAAGGCAGCAGAAGCGUUCGCGCCGUUUGCCAUAUCCGAGAAGAAGCCGGUGGCCCUUUUCAUGCAAACAACACUUCAAGCAGCAGCCCAAAAUCCCGUUUUCAGGCAUGAAGGCGCUACAAGAGCGCACAAAGAAACCACCGCGCGGCUUGUGCUGCAGAAGUUCAGCCGUCCAUUCUUUGCAAAUUACGUGGCCGACAAGACAACCAAAGAAGCAAAAGCGAGAAGAAUUAUGGAAAAGCCCAAAUGCCGGAAAAUUUUGAAAGUUUAGACAUAUGUGCA